AUGGAACAAAAAAGACCAAGAGGUAGGCCAAGAAAACAAGCAGAAGAGCUCCCCUGUGAAGUCUUCAAAGUUUUACCUCCAAGGAAAGGUAAAAGCGCUUUAACUUUCUUCUUGAUGGAGAUGAAGCUGAAAAAUCAAGAAAGCAACCGUCAAGUUAACUAUGAUGAUUUUAUUAAAGAGGCGACUGAAAAAUGGGCUCAUCUAUCUUCUUAUAAUAAGAAGAUUUAUAUUGAAAAAGCAAAUAAAGACGAGCAACGAUACCGCCGACAGACGAAAGAGUAUAAUGAAUUUGGUGUUUACUAUGGUGAUGACGGAAAGCUGGUAUAUCCGCCAAGAUCUUUGAAAAGGAAAAGCUCCAAUUCAAAUUCUAGAGAAAAUGUUAAAAGAAAAGCAGAAAUUAAGUCUAAUAAGGAGUAA